AAUUAUUCAAUAAAAUUGCGCCUUUCUGUCCUUUCUCCCUCGCUCCCUCACCCUCCGGCGGCACCCACUCUUCUCCGGCAAGCACGUACUCCCCUUGUCGAACCAUAUCCUGCGACAGCGAUAGACUCACCUGGAAGGCGGCCGACCCCCACGAACAUCCUUACAGCAACCCUCUCCUCCCGGCGCGACUUACAAGCGUAUAGCGGUCUUGAAGUUGCAGCAGCAAGGUCAAUGAGUAGCAACAUGGAAAGGCCGCAGAAAUCUAGACCUCCCGAAAUUAUUAAGUUGAAUGACGCAGCGAAAUUGGCAGCGGAGUUGAUGAGUAAGAUGACAAAUUGCGAAUGGAAAGAAACUGCAAAUGAUAAUAAAUCAACCGUGGUAGAACCCGAAAAUCGACCUCCUAGACUUGGACUUGGAGCCAAAAUAAGUAGCCAGUUCAGAAAUGGACCUUCUAAUGACCCACUUGAUAGAAAAUUAUAUGCCAAGUUGGACGCUGGGAAAAAGCAAGCUGCUAGAAAGAUGUUGGAGGAUACUCCUGUAGUUAACAAUGAAGAUGACGACGACAACGAUGAUGAAGAAGAGAGUGAAACUGCCAUGUUCGAUAAGAAGCGAGCACCAACUCGAGUAACUAUGCCUCCUUUGUGGACCAAGAAAAAACGAAGGUAGUUUAUUUUUGUAGGUAGG